ACUUUCUCAAACUUUCUCUCCUUUUCCCAUAUUCCAAACACAUUAUCAUUAUUUGUUAUUCUCCACUCCAUCUCCCUGCCUCACCCAAAAUCAAAUCAAAUUAUGCAAUCAUAUUCGACCCACUUUUAGUUUUUAUUAUUUUUUUGGGUUCAAAACUAAUACUCUUUUGCAUUUUUUCUCUCUUGGCCAAAAGAAGAAAAAAAACACACACAAAGCUUUUUGUUCAAUGGAGAAUGGCUUCUUUCUAAACGCGGCUAUCACACCAUCACUGCAUUUCGAAUCCUCCAACACCGUGCCUAACUGGCAAUCAGCGCCGUCUUCUGCUCCGCCCGAAAUUCAGGCCAUGGAGCUCAAUUGUUCGUCGGAGCGGUCCCCGGAGUACGGCUUUUACAACCCCACUUGGGAGAAGUCAACGGUGGACCAAGGUAUGCACUUUGACUCAGCUCUCAGCUCAAUGGUCUCCUCCCCGGUGGCUUCCAACAUCUCCAACGAUAGCUUCGUCAUCAGAGAAUUGAUCGGAAAGCUCGGUAACAUCGGCAACUCCGGCGAGAUCUCCCCGCAUUCCCGGACUUUUAUUUCCGCAGCUUCUGCGGCUCCGGCGCCGGCGGGUCCGUACAUUGGCGGAAACAGAAGUUCCAACACAUCCUGCUACAGCACACCUAUGAAUUCUCCCCAGAAAAUGAAGUUGGAAAAGUUGCCCAGUAUAGGAAAAUCCAUGGCUGUGAAUUCCACGGUGGCUGAAUUGUCGGCUGACCCUGGUUUCGCAGAAAGAGCUGCGAGGUUUUCCUGCUUCGGGAGUAGAAGCUUUAAUGGCAGAACGACCCAGUUGGGAUUGAACAAUAAUUCAGAGUUUAAUCCUCACGGACAUGGUAGUAGCACUAGUAGAUCUAAUAAUAACCCAUUAAUGGGACAUGGGAAGCUCUCGAGAGUUUCGAGUAGUCCUUCACUCAAGGCACUAGAAUCCCAAAUGGGUGUUCAUGAAAAACAAAACUCUCCAUUACAGGAUCGAACAGCUGGGCUCGCCGCCAACUCACAAGACGAGUCGACAGUCUCCGAGCAAAACCCAAAUGGCGAAACGGGUUUGAGAGUAGCCUCGAACGAGAUGAAUUCCCGGAAAAGAAAAGCUGCUGCGAAGGGAAAAUCCAAAGAACCUGCUUCGACCUCUUCCCCAUCUACCAAGGGGGUUGAGAUAAACGACAACUCAAAUGCAAAACGCAGCAAGCAAACUGAAGUGAAUAAGGGAAACGACAAAGGGUCACCCAAAACAGAGGAAGAGACAAAUGGAAAUAGUAAUGGCUUAGCAGGGGACGAUAAACAAGCCAAGUCCAGCCCAAAGCCACCGGAGCCCCCAAAGGACUAUAUUCAUGUCAGAGCAAGAAGGGGUCAAGCUACCGAUAGCCAUAGUCUUGCUGAAAGAGUUCGAAGAGAGAAAAUCAGUGAAAGAAUGAAGCUUCUUCAAGAUCUUGUUCCUGGUUGUAACAAGGUCACCGGAAAAGCACUCAUGCUUGAUGAAAUUAUAAACUACGUUCAAUCAUUACAACGCCAAGUUGAGUUUCUCUCUAUGAAGUUGUCUUCUGUGAAUACCAGGCUGGACACCAACAUGGAGACUCUAAUGUCAAAAGAUGUAUUUCAACCAAACAGCUCUGCGCCACACCCAAUAUUCCCAUUAGAUUCCUCGGCACAAUCCAUUUAUGGUCACCCAAACCAACCAAAUUCAGAACUCCACAGCGGCAUUUCUAGUGGGGCCAUGGCCCAUGGCUCAAUGGACCCAUUAGACACUACUGCACUAUUCCAAAGCCUUGGCCUGCAAUUACCCCAACUCAAUGGAUUUAGUGAACUCAUUUCUCAGUAUCCACAAUUUGGUGAGGAUGACCUGCACACCAUUGUUCAAAUGGGUUUUGGACAAAAUCAGACAAGAGAUGGAUCUUUGCAGCCCCAGAGUCUCAAUGGUCCAAAUCAAGUGUCCCAUAUGAAAGUUGAGCUGUGAUCAACAUCUUUCCUAAUACAUAUAGUUGCUGCUGUAAAUAGAAGAGUUAAUCUGGAUCGUCCGAUCAACAACUAAGCCUUUUUUUCUUUUUCUUUUUUGUACUUAUUAUUUUCUUGGCAUUAAGCCACAUUUAUCCUUAGCUCUAUAAAAGAGCACCAUUUUUUUGUUGUAUUUUCUUGAUGUAAUUUUUUGUUUUCUAUUAUUUUUAAGGGAGUAUUAUUACCAAGAUGUAAAAUCAAAUUAUGUAUUUUUGGUGCAUAAUUAUAGAGCACCAGUUGUAAGAUAGACCACUAAAUUGCUAAUUAAUUAGAAGAAGAAGAAGAAGAGAAAGAAGAAGAGUCAUUUUUCUAAUCAAAAGAUUUGUUGUUGAA